AUGUUAAAAUCUUUAUUGACUUCGACCAAAUACUUUAACUCAAUGCUAAAUUUCAGGAAUGCAAGCAAAAACUCUAUCCCUAUUUCACAAUUUUUGUUGAAGGCACAAUAUGGCUUGAGAUUUUUUAAUGCUUCAAGUAAAACAACCAUCUAUCCAACCGUAUCCUCUUCCAUGAGGCCGAUACAAACCUUUGACGAAAAGACCAUAGAACUAAUACGUGAACGGUUAAAAAAUUCUCUUGGUAAAAGUCAUAUAAAAUAUAAAUAUGAUACAAGAAAAGUUGUUAAUGAUGCGGCUAUUUUGGUGGUUCGAAAUUUUUACUUUUUUAAUAUUUUCCCUGGUGGGAAAAAAGAAAUCUUAGACCCUUCGCUCUCGUUUACGGCUCUCCGUGAGACUAAUGAAGAAAUUGGCAUCCGACCCGAAGAUAUCGACAUAUUGGGACAGUCAGCACCAUUACUGAAUAAAGAUCAAACCUUAAAAGUUUAUCCAUUUAUCGGGAUUAUUAAAACUCCUUUCGAAAAUAUUAUAGAUGAGAUUAAUUUUAACAAGGAAGAAGUUCAGGGAGUUUUCACUGUAACAAUUGAGGAAUUAUUGAAUUCGGAAAAGAAACAAUGGAGGAAGCUAGGAAAUACUGAAUUAAUGUAUCCGGUAUUCCAAGCUUCUGCUUUGGUAGGAGUAGAAAUUUGGGGAUUAACUGCUUACGUAUUGAAUACGAUACUACGAAGGUUGACAGUACCACCAUUAGCAACAGAGAUAAAAACGAUAAAAACGUCUAUGGAUGGUCAAUGA